GACGAAAAGAGACCGAAGAUCAUGAUCGGUCCCUACAUCUUGGGAAAGAAAUUAGGCGCCGGAUCGAACGGCAAGGUCUGUGUUGCGAGAAACCUGAUGUCCGGGGAUUCAGUGGCCAUCAAGGUCAUAUCGAAGCAGGCAGCCGCAAACGACAGUGCGAUCUCUUACGCAGUCAAAAAGGAGGUCGCGGUUUUGAAGCUGAUGAACCAUCCCAACAUUGUCAAAUUCAAAUCCUUCUAUGAAGACGACAAUAAUUUUUACGUCGCCAUGGAAUACUGUGAGGGUACCGAGCUAUACAAGCUUCUCGCCGGUUACGGUGCAUUGACCGAAGCUCAGGCGCUUCCGUUGUUUCGACAGAUGCUUUCAGCCAUUUAUUACUGUCAAAUGAUAAAUGUCGCCCACAGAGAUAUCAAGCCGGAAAACAUGGUCUUGACUUGGGACAAUAAACUCAAAAUCGUCGACUUUGGGUUGUGUUCGAUUGCCGGCAAAAACAUCUUCAUGAGCACUCUCUGUGGUUCGCCCCACUACGUUGCUCCGGAGAUUCUCCAGUCACAAGAAUAUGACGGCAGAAAGGCGGAUGUUUACUCAUUGGGCGUUGUCCUUUACGUCUUGGUGACUGCUCACAGUCCUUUCCCCGACGGUAAACUAUCAACUACUGUCGCAGUGAUGAAGGAAGGCCAAUUCUUGAAGCCUUGGUUCAGUCCCGAGCUGACGGACCUGCUUUCAAAAAUGCUUGAGUUUGAUCCUGGAAAGCGGAUCAAGCUAAGGAAGAUUUGGGAGCAUCCUCUCGUCACGAAAUGGGCGCCGGCGGACCGACUGCCGGGCAGACCCGCGGACAUCAUUUCCGGAGCGGUGGGAAUUGCAGACUGCGAUGGUCCACUGCUGAAAGAGGACGAUGAGGUCGAUGCUAUCACUAUGGGCAAUCUAAUUGGGCUUCACCCGGGAAUGGACGAGACUCACAUCUACCAUCAGCUGAGGACGGAGGUGUAA